UUUGCAAAUUUGUAGUAUCAUUUCCCUAAACAACUCAGAACCAAAUUGCACUUCAGUUCCUCAGUUCUACUUUUUUGUAGAGGCAGACACACAGCUCUGGACUCUUUUUUCGUUAUUGUUUUUUUGGGGGUUUUCUUUGGCAGUGCUGACAGAGUUGAGAUAACUUUUUAUUGUACCAUGUAUAACUGUGAAAUACCAUUAACAAGUGAAAGAUGUAAUAAACUAGACAUCUCUUCCUUUUAGAAAAAGAAGAUGGAAACAUCUUUGGUUUUCUUUUCUCAAUUAAAUAUGUGUGAACCAAAGGAAAAAGCUUUUUUCAAGUUAAUACAUGGUUUAGGAAAAGAAGAAACCAGCAAAGAAGCCAAAAUCAGAGCUAAGGAAAAAAGAAAUAGGCUAAGUCUUCUUGUGCAGAAACUUGAGUUUCAUGAAGAACCCCCCUCCAGCAGAUCUGGGAACUUGGCCAAAGAAACAAGAGUCUCCCCUGAAGAAGCAGUGAUAUGGGGUGAAUCAUUUGACAAACUGCUUUCCCAUAAAGAUGGACUAGAGACUUUUACCAGAUUUCUUAAAACUGAAUUCAGUGAGGAAAACAUUGAAUUUUGGAUAGCCUGUGAAGAUUUCAAAAAAAGCGAAGACCCUCAACAAAUUAUCCUUAAAGCAAAAGCAAUAUAUGAGAAAUUUAUACAGAAUGAUGCUCCACAAGAGGUUAACCUUGAUUUUCACACCAAAGAAGUUAUUACUAAGAGCAUCACCCAACCCACCCUACACAGCUUUGAUGCUGCACAAAGCAGAGUGUAUCAGCUUAUGGAACAAGACAGUUACACACGUUUUCUGAAAUCUGACAUCUAUUUAGACUUGAUAGAAGGAAGACCUCAGAGACCAACAAAUCUUAGAAGACGAUCACGCUCAUUCACCUGUGCUGAGUUCCAGGAUGUAAAGUCAGAUGUUGCCAUUUGGUUAUAAAGAAAAUUAAUUUUGUUUAUUUUGAUGGCAAAUUUGUAAUCUGUUUCUAAGAUAUAGAAUAUUUACUUUUUACAAGUGGGUACAUCUUUUAAAAUAAAACACACCAUGUCAAUGGAUUUUUAAAAUGUAAAUCAAAACUUACAUUCUAACAACACAUACUGUAUCUGCCAAUUUAUUCUGUAAAACCUUCCAUUUGACUUCAUUCCAUUCAUAAUCACAAAAACAUUACUUAAUUAAAAAGAAGUAAAGAAGUAAUAAUAUUUUAUGAGACUGUAAAGUUGAAUUAAAGUUAUGCUUUUGCAAAAUUGUCAAUGGUUAGACCCAAUAUCUACUUUGGAUUAUUUUUCUAGAUUAAACAAUUUAUUGCUCAGAUAUCCAUAUAUUCAGAGCACAGUUUCCAUACUGAUGAAGACUCUUUCUCUUUCAGUCAUAGAGAGUGUAGAAGUGAUCUUGUUCUACAAUAGGAGAAGACAAUCAUUUGCUCUUGUGUUACUAACACUGGUUCAUGAAUAAGCAUUGUGUCACCUCUAGUUAUAAACCAGAAAUGGGAACUUUGGGGAAGACACAUUCACAUCUAUAGAAUUUCCAAGUUCAACAUAACCCAUAUUGAUAACUGAGAAUAGGAUCCACAUGUGGGCUCAUUCCUAAAUAAACAUGGGCUUACCCAAUAAGUGGAGCACAUUUCUGGUGGUCACAGAAACAUGACCAGGUCAUACAUAGCUCCAGGUUGAGACUAGGAGCAUCUUCUUACCUGCUAACAUAAGUAACCUGCUACUAAAAUAGUGGCAGUCAGUGGUUUGAAUGACGCCCAGAGGAAGUUUACCCCCAGCUGUAGUUAGGUUUCGUGCUUAGACUUUUAGGAUUGGGAUGAACGUUAGAAAUGAGAGGAGGUAAAAAAGCAAGGAGUCAAAGGCCCUGGAGACUCAUGCAUCUGCUACAUUGGCUCAUAGAAAGAAAGUGUUCCCCAUUGAUCAUGUUCUUAUUUCAAGUCUCAUUGAAUCAUUUAAUUCUAUCUUAUUCAAAAUAAGAUUAUGGUAAUAAAUAUAUGUCUCUACUUUAGGGAAAUAUUUAAUUUUCAAUGUGUGCUGCAUGUAAAUGCCUAUAUAAUUAAAGAUGUCAUACAUUUGGCUUUGGCAAAUGUUAUAUUAGUUGAAAUGUAAAAUAUAAAAAUCAUGGAUUACCUAUAGUAAUAAAUAUUUUUAAUUUC